CAAUCACCACACCAUGCUUAUUGUAGUGCAUUUCCUUAAAAAAAUCUAAUAUUAAAAUCCACAAUCAUGUCUGAUUUGAAUUUAUAGGUGCAUGCUUUUCAGUCCAUCGGGAUCGGUAUUUCACACAGAUUGGAUUUUAAAGACGAAAACUGCAGAGACCAAUAUUGUGCAGUAUCGCACAGCACUCGCCCCCACUUACGCCUACGAAGACCUGGUUGAAUUCUCAUGCAGGAGCCCCAGGGGAGAAAUCUUCUAGACAAUUAAGAAAAUUAGAUUUUUCUUAUUUUUUCAAAGGGCAGAUAACUCUUCAAAAAAGUCUCAACUGCAAAAAGGCCUGUAAAAAUCGUGUUUAGCUGAUGUUCUGGAGUCCCCUGGCAGACCUCAACCAGACAGGGGGGACCAUCAUUGAUUAUCACAGUUUCCGUGGAUUAACAAUGACUCACUUCCUGCCCAUUUUCUUGUCAGACAAAAAUAGUGGUCAUGCAUGCAUCGAGGUGAAUUAGAAAAUCUUCAAAAGUUAGAGAUUCGUUAUGUGGAUGAUCUCAUCAGCCAACUUGAGGAUAUCUGGGGAACAUCUGCUAUAUAUAGAACAACAUGAGAUAUGCUCGGCUGAUUGCACACUACCCCUAUGUGAUCAUUCUGAGCAUCCUCUGCAUUGCUGUAGCCUGCCUAGUGCUGUGUGUGACAGUAGUGCAGCUGCCAAACUUUCAGGAUCCCAAAGCAGGAUUUGAACCAAGAAGAACUGAUAUUGCUAAUAGAAUUGUGGCUUACAACAACCUUGUGGAUAACCGUAAUGGAAAGGUUUCUCUCACACCAGGACGGGAGUGGGAAUACCAGAGACAGGAAACCAUACGCUAUAGCACAGAGAACCAGACCAAGACACGGAGAAGCACCAGAUCAGGAACCAGAUUAACAGAACAGACAGAAAGACAUGAUAUUGUGGACAGAAGUGCACCUCAUUCUAAAAAUCCAUUUUUCUGUGAUAUUCAAGAGAGUUACUUUUCCCUUUUUGCACGAAUUGUCUUCACCAGUGCUGAUGGCAGCAACUUGUUCACUGCUUCUAAACUGAAGCAGAUGUGCCAUAUAGAAGACUACCACAUUCGCACACAUUCCACAUUUGCCACAAAUUGCCAGACAAAGAUAAAUAAACAGUGUUGCCUUAGCUGGUCUCUGGGCAACUAUGUUGCUAUGUUGUCUGACAAGAGAGACUGUUCUUCCAUCACUGAGCAGGAUGUGAAGAUGACCAAAGACCUACUGACAUCAUGUGCUGGACAUUACUACAACACAACACUUAAAUCUACUUGUGAUACAGAUAAAAAAUCUCGCCAUUUUUGCUCAGGAAUUCCUAAAAAGUGUAUAAAAUUCCAGUCAGUAUACAAUAUACUGCACCACAUAGCGGAUGUGAACUUCGUGCACCCAAACAAACAAAAUCAAGAACCGUUUCUGACGUAUGCUGUGACGUUUUUGCCCGUGGUAGGUGGAGUUGACUCAGUAGAGCUAUUUAAACACAUCGAAUCAUGGCCGAAAGACUUCGGUGAUGAAGUCCGCGUUUCUGGUGCUAAUUUCGGAAUUAAGGAUACAUUAUUCAACCAACAUUUAAUUGCAGAUAGUGUAUGGCUUCUGAUAUCCGGCAUUGUUAUAUUUUUGUUGUUAUGGUUGUACAGUUUGUCCAUAUUUGUUACUAUAAUGACAUUCUUCAUGAUGUUCUGGUCACUAGAGAUGGCCUAUCUUUUAUAUAUCAUGGUGUUUGACAUCAGUUUCUUCCCCUACAUGAAUCUCGUUGCCGUUAUAAUAAUUCUUGCCAUUGGAGCAGACGAUGUCUUCAUUUAUGUCAAAGUUUGGGAAAUGGCUAAAUCGGAACGAAAUAAUGGUACUUUCGAAAAAAUCGUGUCGGACACUUUAAAGAAUGGAAGUGUGUCGAUGUUUGUGACGAGUCUGACGACUGCAGCUGCUCUGUAUUGCAAUGCUUUCAGCUCCAUCACUUCCAUUAAAUGUUUCAGUAUAUACGCAGGAACUGCUGUUCUGUGUAACUUUGUUCUCGUUGUUACGUGGAUGCCGGCAUCCAUUGUUAUUUAUGAAAAAUGGUGCAACUGUGAAAAACUCUAUAACCCUGAACUCGGUCCACGAAAAAAUGUGUGCUAUUAUAUAUGUAAACUACCGCAGCAAACAUAUCACAAAAUUUCAGACUGGUGCAGAAUCCUUUUCGAAAAACUGCUUCCGUUUGUUAUCAUUCGUGGUAAAUUUAUAUGGUUAGUGGCGCUUAGCGUGUUAGGUAUUCUAGGAAUAGUUGUUAUAUUUUUUUACCCAAGACUAAAACUUCCGUCUUCAGAGAAAUUCCAAGUGUUUUCAUCGGACCAUUUGAUGGAGAGGUAUGACUUUGGUUUGAGCGAUCAGUUUUGGUUCGAGAGACAACAACGAAAACAAGAGAUCCUUCCACUGCGAUUUGUAUGGGGGAUUGAGGCGACCGAUACGGGUUCGAACCUUGAUCCCACUGACAAAGGAGACAUCGUUUUUGAUGGAAGUUUUGACCCUACAACUCCAGAAGCUCAAAUAUGGCUGCUGAAUUUUUGUCAGGACUUACGUCAAAUGGAUUUCUACCAAAAUGUUGGGGGAUUUGAGCAGACGAACUGCUUCUUCGAGUUCUUCAGUCAUUUCAUGCAACAGCCAUGUUCUACUGACUUUUAUAAUCAGAAACCAUGUUGUAAUUACAGCACGAGCAUAAUAAAGUCCCCGGAUCUAAUGCAGUGUAUUCCAGUCUACAUUCCGUCUUUGAUGAACUCUCCAAGCGUAAUAUACAACUCAUUUACGCCUGGUCCAAGAUUUACUAAUGGCAGACUCAGUGCCUUAAUCGUUGAAUUCUACAGCAACUUUCAUUUCACUACAUCUUUUCCCAAUAUGUCUAGCUUUUACACUAGUGUUGACCAAUUCCUUGACGAGAAAUUAAAAUCUGCUCCAUCUGAAAUUAAGAAUGGCUGGUUCAUUAGCGAACUGGAGUUUUUCAGUGUCCAAAAAAGUCUUAGUGAUGAGACACCAAUGACUUUGGGGAUUUCGCUCAUCAUUGUAACAAUUGUGACUUUUUUGACAACUUUGAAUUUUUUGAUCAGCAUUUUUGCUAUUGUGAGCAUCGCGUUUGUAAUGUUCGUUACCAUAGCUUCAUUGACUCUCUUGGGCUGGGAACUAAACAUUCUGGAAUCUGUAGUGAUCACAGUGGCAGUUGGACUGUCCAUAGACUUCACAUUACACAUAGGAGUAUCAUUUCGAAACUCUCCAGAUCUCAGUAAAGAUAUGCGCAUAGUGUCCACCACCAGUAAACUUGGUGGAGUGGUUACCAUGGCAGCUAUUACCACAUUCCUAGCGGGAGCACUAAUGAUGCCAUCGACCAUUUUGGCGUACCAAAAAUUCGGGACCUUUCUGAUGAUAGUGAUUUCUACGAGCUGGCUCUAUGCUGUAUUCUUCUUUCAGUCUCUUUUAUGUGUGUUGGGUCCCCAUGGAGGCUUUGGGCAACUUCACUGGCCUUCCUUCAAAUUCUGCUCACGAUCGGACAAGAAACAUGUUGACAAGACGGUGUAUUUGACAACAGAGUCAACCUCUAGUUAUUACCCAGCGCUGAGUAGCUUCAGCGAACCGUCACAAGACAUGGAAAUCCAGUCGAACACCCACAAAGCGUCACUGUUUCAACACCGAAGAUCCCGCUCCCGUGGGCAUUAUGUGAAAGCGGAAACGCGAAGCGACAGUCCGGAGUCCGAUCGCUCUGAAAGGAAGGAGGGUCAGGUUAAAUUUUCCGGAGGCAGUGAAAUCGGAGAAACAGCUUCGGAAGUCAGAGAUGAUUGGACAGUGUCGGGAGCUGAUGAUUCUGUGUUUGAUGAACCGAGAGGUUUGACAAUUAAUGAGUUGGAAGGUCGUUAUUUGUCUGUCAAGCCAAGUCCGAUUGAAAUUCAUUUUGCGGAAAGUUUGACUUGAUUGACUAGUUAAAGAUGUGAUAUUUCAUAGUUUAAAAAAAAUCCUCUACAUUCCUCUUACAUGCCAUCAUUUUUUCUUCUUCUUCAGUAUUUGAAAGUCCAAUAUGUUUUUAGCACGAAUGAUGUAGUUGAACAGAAUAUAGUAAAAUUUUAGAAUUAGUUGAUAUCUAUAAAUUUUAAGAUCUAUAUUGCUUGUAUUCCAAAUACCCGUAAGGUGAAGUCUAUUAGUAUGUUUUUGUUAUUUGGGUGUGUCGUCUGGUAGUCCUUGACUAUAUAGUCGUACUGAAUAUAAACAAAUACCCAUAAGGUGAAGUCUAUUAGUAUGUUUUUGUUAUUUGGGUGUGUCGUCUGGCAGUCCUUGACUAUAUACAUAUAUGUAGUCGUACUGAAUACAAAAAUAUAAAUGACACUGGUAAGUAUACUCACUGCUGAUGUUGAUUUUUUUAUUUACCAAUUUUUCUUCUUCAGUUUCAGAGUUUUGUAUCGUCUAUAGUUUCAGUAUGGAUAUUGAAUAAGGGUGUUAUAUACAUUGUAAAUUAUUUUGUGGGCUAUCUGUUCAGCAGGGUUGGAUAUUGAAUAAGGGUGUUAUAUACAUUGUAAAUUAUUUUGUUGGCUAUCUGUUCAGCAGGGUUGCUGACCUUAACGCCCUGUCGUCCGCAGUGUCAGAGCUUUAAAUAGUAGUUCAUGAAAUAAAUUUUGAAUUAGAUUUAUCAAUUAUUUGUAUUCGUUUUUAUACAUUAUCUGUAUAUUUUACUAGGAUUUGUUUUGUUGUGCUGUCUUGCCAAAUAUAGGAAGUUCAUGUUCACUGCUUAGAUUUGAUUCCAAACAUAAAACUGUUGUUUCAUUUAUAGUUUUUCUUGUAUCAGAUUGAAACAGAAAUAAAUCUUCUACCUCAUUUA